UCUUCGGUUCACUCGCAGACAGAAUUCAAAGCAUUUGGCUCCGAGGGUUUGGGUUUGGGAGGGAGAGAGAGAGAGAGAGAGAGAGAGAGAGAGAGAUUUCUCUUCUUCUCCAUUGUUGGAAUUUUUGCUUCCUUUCUGCUCUGAAUCCCAUCUCCAAUGGCGCUCUCUGAUAAACCCUCUCGCCAAUCUCUCAUCCCCAACUUCCUCUACUCUUCCUCUUCUUCCACUCGAACCCUCCCCUUGAAGAAGAUGCUUCAGUCUCCACCCACUCUCGAUGACGUUUCUUCUUAUCCUAAGAGCUUUGUCAUUCCCGCUCCCAGCGAGCCGUCUAAGAAGAUCGAGAUGUACUCGCCGGCCUUCUACGCUGCUUGUACUUUUGGUGGAAUUCUCAGCUGUGGUCUCACGCACAUGGCUGUUACUCCUCUUGAUUUGGUUAAAUGCAAUAUGCAGAUUGACCCUGCGAAAUACAAAAGCAUUUCGUCUGGUUUCGGGGUUUUGCUCAAGGAGCAGGGUGCGAGGGGUUUCUUCAGGGGCUGGGUGCCUACCCUCCUUGGCUACAGUGCACAGGGUGCCUGCAAGUUUGGCUUCUACGAGUUCUUUAAGAAGUAUUACUCUGAUAUUGCUGGACCUGAGUACGCAGCGAAGUACAAGACCUUGAUCUACCUUGCCGGUUCUGCAUCUGCUGAGGUGAUUGCUGAUAUUGCACUUUGCCCCUUUGAAGCCGUGAAGGUUCGGGUUCAAACUCAGCCUGGUUUUGCUAGAGGACUGUCUGAUGGACUUCCCAAAUUUGUCAGAUCUGAAGGAACACUAGGGUUGUACAAGGGUUUAGUUCCACUAUGGGGUCGCCAGAUUCCAUACACAAUGAUGAAGUUUGCAUCCUUUGAGACAAUAGUUGAGAUGCUAUACAAGUAUGCCAUUCCCAGGCCAAAAGACCAGUGCAGCAAAUCUCUCCAGCUUGGUGUGAGUUUUGCUGGUGGAUAUGUGGCUGGUGUUUUCUGUGCUAUCGUGUCUCAUCCCGCUGAUAAUCUCGUGUCGUUCCUCAACAAUGCCAAAGGAGCAACCGUUGGUGAUGCUGUCAAGAAGCUCGGGUUAUGGGGUCUCUUCACUCGUGGGCUACCCCUCCGUAUUGUGAUGAUUGGAACUCUUACUGGUGCUCAAUGGGGUAUCUACGAUGCAUUCAAAGUAUUUGUUGGACUACCUACCACUGGUGGCCCUGCACCUGUUGCUGCUGAGCUCGCAAAGGCGUGAAGUUGAUACGUGAUCAACCAACCGGAGUUUUGUUGUUUUUUACGAGUUGGGGUGAAACCUCUUCAUAGGUAUUGAAUAAACAUGACCUUUAGAAUGAUGCUUAUAGACCUCAAAGCCGAAAGUAUAUCUUCAUAGAAUGGAUAGACCGUUUUCCAUUCGGUUUUUCGUUUUCUUGUUUAUUUUACUCGGCAUUCAUUGAGUUUGUUCGACCAAGGAUGGUUUUGCUCUCAUCCUUGCUAGCUUGGGAUACUCAUUUGUUUGUAGUAAGUAGUUCAGAAUUCAGAUAGAGAAUUGCAGUUUGAUGGUUUAGAACCAUGAGAAUAUGAUGUGUUUUGUUGUGGUAGGAAGAAACUUCGCCAAACCAACAGAUAAUAUGGGCAAAGAUAAAUUUGGUUGA